UGCAAAGGAGAACACAGCUCAUUUUAACAGUUGUGUGCUGAAGAGUGAAUGCAAAUUAGACCAGCUGAAAGGCUAUUAAAAGGCCACCACUCAAUGUCAAAUGAGCCUUGGUUCUGUUACUUUAAUUGAUCUCCAAUCCAUGCUUGCAAAUGUGUUGAUUUUCUCUAAGAAAGAAAUUGCCCAACUAAGGCAUUGUGGAACAUGAAUAUGGCACUGAGUCGAAGCAGCAAACUCAAGCAAAGAAGUCCUGGGAAUAGCAAUACCAUCACCCACAAUGGAACCAUUUGGGGCUUUUCAUACAGGAACUUUGAAGAUGAGAAUGAUUGGCUACAGGAAUGGAUCCAUGAAGAACUUGCCCACGGUGAAGUCUGGCAGAAGGAAUAUGAGGCACUGUUAAGACAUCAGGCCCAGCUCUGUACCUUGCUACAGACCAAGAGUCUUAAGCCCCUGGAGAAGAAAACUCGGGCAUUGCAAGAGGAGCUGGAAGAAAUCCAGGGAGUUCUGCAGGAGUAUCAGAACCGAAGCCGUCAACGGCAGCUGCAUAUCCACAAGCAAGAAAAGGAAAAUCAUAAAAUGGCUGAGAUAGUUAAAGAACUGGAAAAAAAGGUCUUCAAGCAACAGCUGGAUGAGCAGUCCAACAAAGAUGUUCUGGAGGAACUCAGAUCAGAAGGCAAUGAAUUGAAGAGGCAGUUGUUUGAAUGGGAAGCUCAGUGGCAGACAAAAUAUGACAGGAUCAGGCAGAAACAGCAGCACAUUGAGAAACUGAGCACGGUAAUCCAAGGGCUGUCUCUGAAGAGCCAGGAGCUGCACCGACACAUCACCUUCUUGGAAGACAAUGUGAUGGAAGUUCAACAGGAAAUAGCACUUUUGCAGAAAGAUGCACUGUCUGGAGAAAUGGUGACCUCGGCAGGGGGCUUUCUUUGGGAGGAACAAGUGUGUGACCAGAUGAAGAGACUUCCAAGUCUGGAACUAUACAGAAGUACUUCCAAAGGAUAUUGCUCAUCCAUCUCUUUCCCACGUCCAACUCUCCAGGCUGCCUGGAGGCUGCUGUGGGCCUCAGCCAAAGUCCUGCUUCUGAUCCUGCUGUUAGCUCUGCCUCUCCAUUUCUUUCAUGGCGGGUUCUCCAGGCAGCCAUGCUUGGAGCUGCACUCAACACCCCUGCUCUACGUCCAGCCCAAGCGCUUGUUUCCCCUUUAGCUUCUUGAAGGCACUUAUGCACCCAUCAUUAAUGACCUUUAAUAAAACUGAAUAACAAUCACUACAAGUUUCUGUUUACCUGAAAUUGGAACCAGAUUGGAUGUUUAUUGUGCAACUUUCCUUUAUGAUGUGGUUGUUGUUGUUUUUCAUUUACAGUAGCCAGACUAGAGUAUCUGGUCUCAACUUGGAAUCACAACUUUAUUAUUAUGGUUCGUCGCACAGUCAGCCAGAUAUUCAGACUGGGUUUGGCAUUUUUGUCUACCUAUUGAAUCCUUUCCAAGGACCUGGGAUAGGCAGAUGCGGAUGUUUGAUGGUGUUCCAGAUAUUGUCACAGGAUGGAAGCUCUUCCGAGUAAAGCUGCCUUUUGCAAUUGACUGAUGGCGAUUGCAAAAGGCCAAUGGUUGUUCUUGUUAUUAUUAUUAUUUAAUCUUCAAUUUGAUUCAUAGUCUGGGACUGGUAAAAACAUAACAAUUCAAGUACUAAUCAAGGAGCUAAGAACUGUUAGGGUAGUGUCUGAUUAUAUAACCAAUUCUGAGUAAGGUUUUUUUUUUGCGAUAUCAGAAUAUUCAGUUCUGAUAAGUUCAAAAUUGCCAAGUGUCAGCCUCCACUCCACUCUUCAUUUACUUUUAAAUGAUUAUAUCAGUAGAUAGAAUGUAAAAUGUUUAUUUCUGUAUUAUAAACUCUUAAGAACAUAAGAUGUAUCAUACCACCGUCCGGGGUAAGGGAAAGGAGCUUAUUAGUAGUGUCGGCUGACAUAACAGGGAGGAGGGAUGAUUAAUGAUUGAGUGUUAUCAGCGCGCGCUUUUCUAACCGACACUGCAUUCCUGAGUUGACUGACAUCCGGAGACCUGUGGAAGAAGAUUACCACGAGGGGCCGUGAAGGAGUUGGCAUUGGACCAGACCAGCCUGACCUCCUGGAGGAGGAGGGACAAUUGGGGGGAUAUGUUAUGUUUGCCAUAUUUUGUCUCAGUUCCAGCUUUGCUUGGUUG